ACUGUUGAACAAAGCGCCAACCGGCGAUGGUCGUUGGUUAGGAAAUUGAAUUUAUCAGAAGCCGGUGUUCGGUAAUAGUGAAACGUACUUUUGUAAAGAUUUAAUAUUUUUCGAAUUGAGGGGACACGGUAGUUUUAAGAUAAAGCGAUAUGGAGCUCACAGAUGACAAUUUGCUCACACUUAGUGAAUAUUUACAACAUACACUUAGCCCGGACGUAAAUGUCAGACGGCCAGCUGAAAAGUUUUUAGAAUCUGUUGAAGUAAAUCAAAACUACCCACUACUUCUUCUACAUUUAGUAGAAAAGUCUGAAAUUAACUUAACUAUUCGAAUUGCUGGAGCAGUUGCUUUCAAGAAUUAUGUUAAACGUAAUUGGAAAGUGGAAGAAGAUUCUGUAGAUCGUAUACAUGCACAAGACAGGAAUGCGAUAAAAAUACUCAUUGUCAAUUUAAUGUUGCAUUCUCCUGAUUCAAUACAGAAACAAUUAUCUGAUGCUGUUUCUAUUAUUGGAAAAUAUGAUUUUCCGCUAAAAUGGCCAGAGCUUAUAGACCAAAUGGUUGAAAAGUUUAAUACAGGAGAUUUCCACGUUAUUAAUGGUGUUUUACACACAGCACAUUCUUUAUUUAAAAGAUAUAGAUAUGAAUUUAAAAGUCAAAGUCUAUGGACUGAAAUAAAGUUUGUGCUGGAUCAAUUUGCUAAACCCUUAACUGAUUUAUUUGUUGCUACAAUGAAUUUAACAGAAGUUCAUGCGCAUAAUGUAGAUGCAUUAAAAGUGGUAUAUAGUUCAUUAGUAAUUCUGUCGAAAGUGUUUUAUUCUCUUAAUUUCCAAGAUUUACCAGAAUUUUUUGAAGAUAACAUGGCUAUUUGGAUGAAGAAUUUUCAUACUUUAUUAAAUACCAAUGUUCCUGCCUUACAGUCUGCAGAUGAAGAAGACGCUGGAGUAAUUGAACAAUUAAAGUCACAAGUUUGUGAUAAUAUUGGUCUUUAUGCACAAAAAUAUGACGAAGAGUUUCAACCAUAUUUACCAGAAUUUGUAACCGCUGUGUGGAAUUUGCUAACAUCCACAGGACAGCAACCAAAAUAUGAUGCUUUAGUUUCAAAUGCUUUGCAAUUCUUAGCAACAGUGGCAGAUCGUGCACAAUACAGACAUUUAUUUGAAGACCCAACUACUCUGAGUAGUAUUUGUGAAAAAGUUAUAAUACCAAAUAUGGAAUUUAGAGAAUCGGAUAAUGAGUUGUUUGAAGAUAAUCCAGAGGAAUACAUUAGACGAGAUAUUGAAGGCAGUGAUGUAGAUACAAGAAGAAGGGCUGCGUGUGAUUUAGUUAAAGUACUUUCCAAAUAUUUCGAAGCUAAAAUAAUGGAAAUUUUUGGCGCAUACAUACAGGUUAUGCUGCAAAAUUAUGCAGCUAAGCCAGCUGAAAAUUGGCGAAGCAAAGAUGCUGCAAUUUAUUUAGUAACCAGCAGUGUAAGUAAAGCUCAAACGCAGAAGCAUGGUGUGACACAAAGCAGUGAACUUGUUUCAUUACCACAAUUUGCAAUGCAACACAUUGAACCAGAAUUGCUUAAACCAAAUGUAAGCGAGUUUCCAGUACUUAAAGCGGAUGCAAUAAAAUUUAUAAUGACCUUCAGAUCAAUAUUACCGAGGGAAAUGAUUGUUGGUAGUUUACCACAAUUAAUCAGACAUUUGACCGCUACAAAUAUCGUUGUUCACACGUAUGCUGCUUGUACAAUUGAGAAAAUACUUGCGUUAAAAGGGCCUGAUAAUUUACCUCUAGUUAAAGGAAAUGAUCUAUCAUCUUUUGCAACGGAUCUAUUAACAAAUCUGUUUGCGUGUUUAAAUAUGCCUGGUUCAGAAGAGAAUGAAUAUGUAAUGAAAGCCAUUAUGAGAUGCUUCGGUACACUGCAAGAGGUCGUUGUGCCAUUUUUGGCAGAUCUCUUGCCGAAACUCACCGAAAAAUUGGCUGUUGUGUCAAGAAACCCAAGUCGUCCUAAUUUCAAUCAUUAUCUUUUCGAAAUUUUUGGACUGUCUAUUAAAAUUGUUUGCAAAACAAAUCCAGUAGCGGUUUCCUCAUUCGAGGAGGCGUUAUUCCCCAUCUUUCAAGGAAUUUUGCAGCAAGAUGUUUUAGAAUUUAUACCGUACGUUUUUCAAAUUUUGGCCUUACUUUUGGAAUUACGAACAACUCCGGACGUACCAGAGCCAUACCUGGCUCUGUUUCCUUGCCUUUUAUCGUCUGUGUUAUUCGAACGUCAAGCAAAUAUACAUCCUCUGAAUCGAUUAUUAAGAGCAUUCAUUAGCCGUGGAGCACAUCAUAUUGUUGCACAAGAAAAGAUGAGCGGUUUGUUAGGAGUAUUUCAGAAGCUGAUUGCUUCUAAAGUUAAUGAUCAAGAAGGAUUUUUACUAUUGCAGAGUAUUAUAGAACACUUCGCUCCCAAUGUGCUGGAACCAUACAUGAAACAAAUUUUUGUAUUAUUUUUCCAAAGACUUUCGUCGUCCAAGACAACUAAAUUCGUGAAGGGUCUGAUUGUGUUUUUCGCAUAUUAUAUCAUCAGAUACGGUGCAAAUAAUUUAAUUACAAUCAUCGAUCAAAUCCAACCUCAGAUGUUCGGUAUGGUCGUGGAACGCGUGCUAAUAAUAGAUAUGCAGAAGAUAUCGGGUGAUAUCGAACGUAAAGUAACGGCAGUCGGAAUUUCAAAUUUAUUAAUUGACUGCCCGGCGAUGCUAGAAAGUCCAUAUAGUACGUAUUAUCCGCGCAUAUUAGCGGCAUUAGUGGAAUUUUUUGAACUUCCACAGGACCAAAGCAUAGUACCCGAAGAAAAUAUCUUCCCAGAAACUGAGGAUGUGCUUGGAUAUCAAGUAGGAUACAAUCAACUUAUAUGUGCAAAAAAUCCGUCAAAGGAUCCGUUAGAAGCUAUCGGCGAUGUGCGAUUACACUUAGCGCAAGGAUUAGGAAGAUUAUCGCCAGGACAAUUGCCUAAUCUUCUCGGUCAAAUUCCGGAACCUAAUGCGAAUCAUCUAAGAACCUACCUCCAAACAGCUGGAAUUACUGUUGCAUAAUACGAGCUAGAUGUUCGAGAUAGAUUAAAACUUCAUCUGAUUGCUCGGAAAAUGAACAAUAUUAAACUGAAUAAACUGUAACAAAGAGUCGAAAGGGCUACUUUUUCAACGAUAUUCAUUAUGAACAUUAUGAACAUCAACAUCGCGAGAUCGUACAUGCGUUGUAUCGUUUGCCUAUCGUACGGUAUUGAAUAUUUCAAGAAAUAUUUAUUAUUUUUAUGCGAUACCAUAAGGUGUAGAAAUAAAAAAUACAGAGUCUGUGACUCCAAAGAAUUAUAACAAUUAUUACGACAGCACAAAAAUGAUUCAAAUUAUUGGUAUGUCGGCUUCGUAAUAUUUCUGAUGCCUCGUGUUAUGCGAAACAUUCCUAAAAAAAAUACGAAUAAAUAGAUUUCUGGUUUUUAAGAUAAUAAAAAACA